CAUCCAAAUUGCUGAUAAAGAUGUUGAACAAAGUGCUGAGCCGCCUAGGGGUGGCCCCCGGCUGGCGCUUCGUGGAUGUGCUAGGCCUGGAGGAGGACUCGCUGAGCUCCGUGCCCCGCCCAGCUUGUGCGCUGCUGCUGCUCUUCCCCCUCACUGAGCAGCAUGAGAAUUUCAGGAAACAACAGAUUGAAAAUAUAAAAGACAAAGAAGUCAGUUCCAAAGUGUAUUUCGUGAAGCAGACUGUGAGCAAUUCCUGUGGAACAAUUGGCUUGAUCCAUGCAGUUGCCAAUAACCAAGACAAAGUGAUGUUUAAUGAAGGGUCUGCCCUGAAGAAGUUUCUCAAUGAAACAGCUGAUCUCUCUGCUGAAGAAAGAGCAAAAAGCCUGGGAAGCAAUAAGGCCAUACAGGAAGUCCACAAUGCUGUUGCACAGGAAGGCCAGUGUAGGGUAGAUGAUAAUGUGAACUUCCAUUUCAUUCUGUUUGUCAAUGUAGAUGGAAACCUGUAUGAAUUGGAUGGGCGCAUGCCAUUUCCUGUAAACCAUGGAACCAGUUCAGAUGACUUGCUGUUGAAGGAUUCUGCCAACAUCUGCAGACAAUUCACAGAACGUGAGAAGGGAGAAGUUCGUUUUUCUGCUGUAGCUCUCUGCAAGUCUGCUUGAGAUUCCAAAGAGGAAAUGCAAGGAAAGCAGUCUAAUAGCACAUCAGUAAAUGCAGUCUUAAGAUUUUUUCAGUGCUUGUUAAACACAGCUGUUUUGGUCAAUUUAAACUGUUUCCACCCUCUACUAAUAAGCAACAUAAGUGGAGUUUAAGCUAAAUGAGCUCAAACACUAAUAUCCACCAUUUAGGCACAUCAGAUGUCUCUCAACUUUUUUU